GCUUCUGCCACUUGCACAGUUUUUCUAAACUUUUUUGUUUUAAGUGCUGGCGAUUUAUAAUGCAAUAAUACUCUGCAAUGGUAUUUUUUACCACAAUUUAAGCAAUAUCUAUGUCUGUGUGGAACAUUUAUUGUUUAAAACUCAUUUUCUCGGCAAAAUAGUCAGCAGUUGUAAACGCUCGAUCUACUUGAAUAUAAUCCUGACACGCGAAGUAUUUGGCGAGAGGGAAAGGGAAGACUUAUCAGAUCAGUAUGAGCAACUUUUGCAAACAGUGCCUAGAGUGGACCCCGACGUAUGGACCUGUGCUUACGCUUCAUUUGGGCCCAAUGAAGCUUGUUGUCGUGAACAAGAUAGAUGUCGCGCUAGAGGUUCUUGUGAAAAAAUCAACAGACUUUGCCAACCGUAUGGUUACCCCAACAGUCAGAGUAUUCACAGAAGGGGGUAAGAACAUCGGGUUCAGUAACUAUACGCCCACCUGGAAAUUGCACAGGAAAAUGUCGUCGAAAGCUCUUAGACAGCUGAUGCAGGGCCCUGCACUCGAACAGAAGAUUCACAAUGCCAUGGUAACUGUUUUCGCUGAGAUGGACAAAAUAGUAGGCAAGCCGUCCGAACCAGCCGAGCACAUCAACUACGCCAUAGGCAACAUACUGAUGGGAUUAUGCUUCGGGGGCAGCUUCGACUUUGAAGACAAAGAAAUAAAUUUUAUAUUAAAAGCAUACGACGAACUACUUGAGAAGAUUAGCAAUUUUCGUGAAGACAUUUUCCCGCCAUUACAAUACUUGUUUAAGUCAAAAGCAUUCAAACGUGUUGAGGAUGCUUCAGAGACGGUUUUAGCGUACAUUAAAAAACGCUAUAGUGCUGAGCUGGCUACUUACACGCCUGGCGUACAACGCCACCUAGCGGACCAUCUGAUUCUCGCCCGCCAGGAGGCGGAAAAGGAGGAGGAUCCGGAAGUGCUGGCGUCCCUAACCGAGACCCACAUCAGACAGACACUUGCUGACAUUUUCUUUGCUGGUAUCAACACCUCCCGUUCGACUCUGCGUUUUGCAGUUCUUCACAUGAUCGGAAAUCCGAAAAUACAGCAGAAAGUGCAACAGGAAAUUGACCGGGUCGUGGGGCAAGACCGGCUUCCGUGUCUGAGUGAUAGGCCGGAUCUGGCUUAUACAGAGGCUGUUCUUUACGAGAGCAUGCGUCUGACAACCGUAGCCCCUACAGGAAUCUUUCACAAUACCCGUUGUGAUACGUCAAUAGGCGAAUAUAAGCUGCCAAAAGGUACCCCUGUAGUGAUAAACCACUGGGCUCUGCAUCACGACCCAGAAGCAUGGAACGACGUCGACGCUUUCAUCCCGGAGAGGUUUUUAGACGAAGACGGCAAACUGGGACCGAAACCUAAGAGCUAUCUCCCGUUCUCGGCGGGGACGCGUGUCUGUCUCGGUGAGUUCGUGGCAAAACCGGAACUGCACCUUCUGUUUGCGUGCCUCAUGCAGCGCUACACGUGGAGCAUGGAAGAUGGCAAGACCCCAGACCUCGCACCCAUAGGGUCGAUCUUUGCUAUGAAUCCGAAAGAGCAAGAUGUCGUCAUUAAGAGACGAUUUUGAUGUAAGGGGCCGCCGUGGCUGAAACUGGAAAUACGAGAAUUCCAUUCACGACUGUUGUAAUAAUCUCUUUACUCGUAUUUACCGAUUCAUUGAACUAGUGGUCACUAAAAUACUUAAUACUUACUAGAUAAAGUUCAUGUGUGGUUGAUACUAAAUACACCGUUGCUUCCGACAUUGAUCACUCCAUUAUCUUUUUUGAUCAGACACAAUUGCUAUUGGUCAGUUCAAUACAUUUUUAGGGCAGGUGUAAUGGAAGUAAAUGCCCGUGUACUUAACUUGUAAGCAAUACGCUGAAUUGAUUUUGGGGCUUAGGCUUAAUGCGAACAUAAAAUGAUACUUGAUAUUUUCUCAUGGCAUGACCAGCUAUUGCAUGUAUGUCAAAUUAUUUUCAAAGUCCAAUGAGGUUUUAGUUCUUUGGUAGGUGAUAUGUGUAUAGGAAAGACGUUUGUAAAAUACAUGUGUGCGAUUUUUCAAUAGUUAUAGAUAUUUGGGUAGCGGGCCUGCACUUAUAUAAAUAUAUAUGUUUUUGUAAUAUAUUCGAUGUAUCUGGAUUAUAAGUAGAUUGUUAAAUGUUGGUGAUUUCAUAAAUCUGUAUUCAGCUACUAUUCAAAGUAUCGAUUACAUACCAGACUAGAGCGGAUGGUUUUUGUUAUAAUGAUUUGUUACAAUAAUUAAUAUUUACUAACACGUGACAUUGCUUUAUUCAUAAAGUGUAUGCAUUAAAGACGAUGUAUCUAUGUAUAAGUCUGAAUUAACUGUAUGUUCUGUUCUGUUUUUGUUAUCACUGUAUUUCGGAUAAUUUAUGAUUUUGUGUGUGAAUAUAGACCGUAGGUCUUGCUAUGAAUGAAAUGGUCAUAUGAAACACGACCGUAUUUAUCUAUACAGAUACACAUUUUAUGUUUUAUAAUGUCGUUGUUAUAAUAUAAUUGAAACAUCAAACAGGCACUAUACAAAACGUAUAAUAUAAAGCGUCAAAAAGAUCAAGUAUACUCAUAAUUGUAUUGUCUUGAUUGUAAGAAUUUCACCUUCAAAUGUCAUUUGCACUGGAUGCAUUCGUUCAAUGCAUUCGAUGCAUUCGAUGCAUUCAUUCCGAAAUAUUGGGAAAGUACGGAUGCAUUUCUUACAGAAAAAUAACUGCUUAAUAGCGAGUAAAAUGCAAAUAUUUCGGUUAUUUGUCACAAUUAUUAAUGUCCUAUUUUUAAGGUUUCCAGAUAAUAGAAUACAGGUAGAAUUCCUAGGAGGGAGUUAUGUAUUAACAUGUAUAUAUUAUGGGCCUAGCAAACGUUGUAAGUUCAUGAAACACAUAUAAUUUAUUUUGUGGUGUGAAUAUCUGUGUAUUUUAGACUUGAGGUCCAUGUUUCCACUUCAUUAAAUUGAUUUUUUAAUGUUUGUAUUCGUAUAUAUAGUUGUAUUGUUAUAAAUGAAUGAUAAGUUAUAUUUAAAGCUUAAGCUUUUUUCAUUGUAUAUGUAUAUUACAUAUAUAUCUGUAUUAUCUAUGUUGCAUAUAUAUUUUUUCAUUCUUAUACAAAUUGAUCUUGUAGUCUUUUAGUGUUUAACUGUUUUCAACGUCGCGUGUGAAUGGAUGUGUAUUUAGCAUAUAGCCAAAGCCAAGUUGUCCUAAGUUGAUUUCAAAGCUUGGCAACAUAGAUUAUUUUUCUUACAAUUUAAAUUUGUUAAAAUAUUCAUAUGUUUCAAUUAACGCUUGGUAUAAUAAUUAAAUUUUGUUGUUGACAAUUUUCAUGUUAUAACUAAUUAUUAUCACAAUUGUCAUAAAAUGUCCAAAAUCUCAGAACCAUAUAGUAGGAUUAGCGUUAUUACUCUAUCGAAUAGAACUAGUUUGGUUUUGACAGCUCAUUUGACAAAGCUUAAAAUAGAUGCACUGUGAUGAAAUGCUCUAAACGCUGUGAUGAAAUGCUCUAAACGCUUGUUCAUUUAAUAUUUUUACAGUAUGAGACAUAUUUCCAGUAUACUGGAAAUUUAUACCUAGGUGCACAAAACAAUUAAACAUGUUAUAACACUCGUUAUUUAUUGAACGCGAAUAGUUGAUGUUGCUUUAACGUGUUUCAAACAUGCAUGAUUUCUUUUGAUUUUUAUGCCCCCAUUUCGAAGAAAAGGGGGUAUAUAGUUUUCGCACUGUCCGUCGGUCGGUCGGUCAGUCAGUCGGUCGGUCGGUCGGUCACACUUCGUGUCCGCUCUCUAAUUCAAAUAGUUUUCAUCCGAUCUUUACCAAACUUGGUCAGAAGUUGUAUCCAGACAAUAUCUAGGUCAAGUUCGAAUAUGGGUCAUGCCGGAUCAAAAACUAGGUCACGGGGUCACUUAGUGCAUUUCAAGGAUUUAGCAUGGUGUCCGCUCUCUAAUUGAAGUAGUUUUCAUCUGAUCUUUACUAAACUUGGUCAGAAGUUGUAUCAAGACAAUAUCUACGUCAAGUUUGAAUAUGGGUCAUGCCGGGUCAAAAACUAGGUCACUGGGUCACUUAGUGCAUUUCAAGGAUUUAGCAUGGUGUCCGCUCUCUAAUUGAAGUAGUUUUCAUCUGAUCUUUACUAAACUUGGUAAGAAGUUGUAUUAAGACAAUAUCUAGGCCAACUUCGAAUAUGGGUCAUGCCGGGUCUAAAACUAGGUCACGGGGUCACUUAGUGCAUUUCAAGGAUUAAGCAUGUUGUGCGCUCUCUAGUUUAUGUGACUUUCUGAUUUAUUUUGAUAUUCUAAGACAUUUUUAUGCCCCCAAAGGAGGGCAUAUAGUGAUCGGACUGUCCGUUUGUCUGUUCGUCCGUCUGUCCGUCACACUUUGCGUUUAGAUUUCGAAAAAUGCUCAUAACUUCUAUGUCGCUUCAGAUAGCAAUUUCAUAUUUGGCAUGCAUGUGUAUAUGGACAAGGCCUUUCCAUACGCACACAAAUUUUUACCCCUGUGACCUUGACCUUUAACUUAGGGUCCGCGUUUAGGUUCGAAAUCUGCGUUUAGGAUUUGAAAAAAGCUAAUAACUUCUACCAAGCGUUUACACAGUUAUAUUUUUAUGUAGUGACAAAGUUACAGUUGGGGGCAUCCGUGUCCUGUGGACACACUUCUUGUUACUUUAAGAACCCAUUUAGAAGAGCAAAGGUUAUAUAUCGUUAAGUUUGUUCGGAAGGUUUACUGGGACAGUAGUAAAUAAAACAAUAUCAUCAACAAAUAACAGCAUAUGAACCGAAAGCAAAUGCAAAUCGUCAUUUGUAAAAUGUUGAAGAUGAAUACAAUGUUUAAAAUCAUUUAUAUACAAUAUAAAAUAUAAGCGUUGACAUGAAUCUCCCUUGUUUGACACUAAGAGAGACACGGAAGAAGUCGAAAUAUGACGUAUCCUGAGUGUUUUGUGUAUACAAGAGCUUAGGCUUCCGCAAAAGUACAUUUUGUAUAAUGCUGUAUAAAAUAAAAAUAAAAUCGGU